CGUUGAAUGCGCACCUUCUUCCCGCUUCACCGCGAGCCUUUGUUUCGUUCUUUCCCUCGAGUAUUGUUUCUACGGUCUAUUAUCUCCGUAAAAGAUAGUUUCACGGUGAAUCUCUCCGAGAAUCUCAUCGAGAGUCUCGUCCAUUACUCUCGUCAACGAAAAAAUGCAGUGACCAUUAUCCCUCCACAAAGUGAUUUUGGUGUUGAUCAUCCAAACAACCGAGCGAUCCGAACGACAUGAACAAAACGGAACUGAAGAUCGUUCUGAACACCGAGCCGCCGAGGACAUCCUCGAAUAUGAUACACUCGCACAUACCGGUGCCGAGGAUAACUAAUGCGGUUAAGGCCCAAGAAAGAUGUCCUCCGCCCAGGCGGGGAUCCUUCGAGAAACUGUCCAGAGGCGUCUCGGUGGCCGCUCAAAGGGCGUCCUUCGAGAGGCUCGACGCUUCCGUUCAGCUACGGCCAAGGAACAACAAUUUAUCGGCCUCGAGUAUCGAGGUACGAAGCACCGAGGAGAAACUUGGCACGCCGCCGUUCUGCGUCAACUGGAAAACGAACACGAACAACGAGCCGACUAGCGGUGUCGCGAGAUUGAAUCGUAGCAACAGCCUGGAGAGCAAGUGGAAGAGUAAAUAUGAGGAGUCGGAGAAAAGACGGAAAUUGUUGCUGCAGAAGAGCGAAGCUGCUACUAAGGAUCAUGUCGAUUUGGAGAGGAAAUACCAACAAUUGCAGAGACAGAAUGGUACUCUGCAGUCGCAGUCGCAGGAAAAAGAACAGGAGCUUCAAAAAUUACGGACGGUUUCCGAGGCAGUGUGCAAAGAAUACGAACGACUGAAGCAUCAAUACGAUGUAGAAACAGGCGCAAUGCACAAAGCAAUGCAACAGGCGUCACAGUGGUACAGACAAAACCGUGAACUGAAACGAAGAUCGCAGAUCAUAUCGCAAAAGCUACUGCAAGCCAAUCCCGAGGGAUCGUUGGAUAUUGAAAUAUCGGACGAGGUCGACUCGAACUUCGAGGAUCUCGAGCAGCUGAGGGAAACGGUGAAAGAAUUGAGUAAAGAUAUUGCCAGGCUUCAGACGGAACUACAUUCCGCUAGGCUUCAAGAAUUCGAAGCCCAGGAGCAAGUGACGCACCUGACUACACAGUUGGACGAAGAAAGGACUCUCAGGCAAAAAUACGAGGAGAAGGUAAACGAGAUGAAGGUGCACCAGGAGAACAUGGAAAGGGUCACGAAAAUGGUCGCGGAGGAGGUGCAGGCGUUGAAGGCACAAUGCGACCGUGAAAGGGAGAACGCGAAAAUUAUGAAAAUAGAAGCGGAAAGGGUACAAAAAGAGAGAAACGUAUUGGCUCAUCAGAGCGCGCUCCUGAUGGCCGAAGUUGGCGAUGAUCCCAAUGAUAGACUGUUGACCGUUCUCCAAGAAGUAGAAUCGUUAAAGAGACUGCUAGAAGAAGAACAACAGAGUCACGCUUCUCAUAUACAAAUGCUGGAAGAGAAACUGGAGGAGAAAGAAUCGAACGUGGAGUUCGAGAUAGUGGAGGAGAAGCUGAAGCUGGCAGAAUCCGAACUAGACGUGGCGACGCAGAGGGCCGACAGGGCGGAAAAAUUGGCGGAAAGUCUGGAGGCCUUGAUUCAAAGUCUAAAGACGAAAAUUGGCGAACUGGAGGAGAAGCUUUCUAGGCCACCACCUCCACCUCUGCCUCCACCACCACCACCACCGAUGUUCAACAACGGCGGACAAUCGUCGAUCAAAUUGCUGACGAAAGAAAAAAUGAAUUCGGAACGCAACGCGGUUAUCGACAUGGAGAACAUGCUUGGAAUCACAAAGAAAACACCAACCGUUGCUCAACAACCGGCCAUCGAUGAUAUUAUCAACCAGAUAAAAGGAGGACGGUUUACAUUGAAGCAGACAGACAAACAAAGGGAGGAGGAGAGAAGAAGACGACAGGAAGCGGAAAACGCACCACCUGCGGUCUCUGAAAUGUUAAACAUUUUAGGUACCAUGAGAAGAAGAGCGAAGCCGAUAAAACAAUCCUUCCAGUCUACAGGCGGGCCUACAUAAAAAUAGAUAUUGUUAGUAAUGUGCAAAUACCAUCUUUUAAAGCCUCAGGCACGCGCUACAUAUCGCUGUCGAUUUACCAAUUGCAUUUUGUUUAUCAAAUAUCUGUUCUACGAAGUUACGGUUUAAUAUUACGUUAUUUAUUUAAUCGUAAAAUAAAUUUUGUACCAUUGAAUAAAGUAUGUAGGUUUACGUAUUUUUAUAUUAUGUGUAAAGCAAAGUGAAUA